AUGUUGUCUCGAAGUAAUUCGAGAACCAAAAAGAAGAAUCGAGCACUUUCAAUUCGUUCCAACAAGAACAAAGAUUCUUCCUCGGGAGGAGGUCGCCAUGGAUUCAGUCUCAACUCCCUCCGCGGCACCGUCCAACCCGAACUCAGCAAAAAGCUAUACAAGCUCAUCAAAUCCGAGAACCACUUGAUCCAAUGUUACGAGAAUGCAGGAAAGGAACGUCUCUCAGUCGCAACACAGCUUUCCGACUGGGGUGAGGCCACAAAUGAUGAUGCGAUCAGUGACGUCUCGGACAAGAUUGGUGUUUUGCUUUCGGAAUUGGGCGAGCAGGAGGAUGUUUAUGCACAUAAUAUCGAUGAUAGCAGAGCUGUUUUGAAGGCUAUCCGAAAUACGGAGAAGAGUGUUCAGCCUAGUCGAGAUCAUAAGGCGAAGAUUGCGGAUGAGAUUGCCAAGUUGAAGGCAAAGGAGCCGCAAAGUGCGAGAUUGGUUACUUUGGAGCAGGAGCUUGUGCGUGCUGAGGCGGAGAAUUUGGUUGCGGAGGCUCAAUUGACUAAUAUUACACGUCAAAAGUUGAAGGAAGCAUAUGCCGCUGAAUUUGCCGCAACAAUCGAACGCGCUGAGAAGCAAAUCAUCCUCGCAAGACACGGUCGUCGUAUCUUGAACCUCCUCGACGACACCCCAGUCGUCCCCGGUGACGUCCGUCCAGCCUACGAGCAUAGCAACCAAGCUCGUCAAAUCCUGAACGACGCAGAGGAUGAUUUGAAAGACUGGCAACACGAGCUCGAGGAUGUCCCUUCAAGCGCUCACCUCGAACCCAACUUGAUGCCAAGAGAGCAACAUAACAUUCCACAAUCUGAAAUUGGCGACGAGAGCGUCCUCCAUCACCAACACGCCCAAGGAUCUUCUGAUAUUGGCGUCGAUGGAAGUAGAAUCAGCAGUGGUGGAUCUGUUACGACGGGACAGCCACUUGAUAGUUAUGCCCCUAGCGAGAGUGAAGCUACGAGGUCGCAAGUUGUUUAG